GUCUCUUCGGCCAGAGCCUUUCACCAGGAAAAGCUACCCAGCAUUCGCCUUCCCACAUAAGUAAGGCUCCUUAGUUCUUACUAGCAGUAGCAUUCCCAGGGUAAGCACCAAAUCAACCCACUGACGCUACCCGUUAUGCAGAACCAGGGAAUACAGGUUAAGGUGUGCUAUUACCAGAUCCUCGACAUUCCAUCAAAUGCCACCUUCGAGGACCUCAAAGCAGCCCGGCGAAAGAUGUCUCUGAAGUUCCACCCAGACAAGCUCAUCAACGAACCAGAUUAUGUACAGGUUGCCGGCGAGAACAAGAUGAAGGCCGUCAACAAUGCCUACGAAGUUCUGAGCGAUGCUGUGUUGCGUGCUAAGUAUGAUGCGACACUUACUCCACCAGAAGGGUCGAAGUCUCCUCAAUCGCCGAAGCGUCCACAAGCGUCCCAGCGACCUCAACCACAGGACUCACAGCAGCACACGCGGGAGCCUGAAUCGGAUCAAAGCCCACCGAGGAAUCCAAACGCACAAAAUUCCACACCAGAGUCUUCACAACCAAAGGCGAAUUCUCCGCCAUCUCCUGACGGUGCGCCUCCCCAGCAAGUGCGAGCACAUCUGUUGAAGAAGGGACUUCGACCCGCGUGAUGAGGUGAAUGGUGAAGUCGCCAAGAGGAUAAAUAUGGCUGAGUACAGUGGUUUUCGUCCUGAUGACGCUGUUUUGAGAUGAUAGGUAUGAGAGAAAGUUGAAUUUGCCUGGAAAUCACCCUACAGCACUCCUCACACAUCAAAGAUUUAGCAUACAAUGCAGGAGCUAGAAGGAAUCUAACACUUUUACUUGAACUAAUAGUAUAGAAGCUAGGAGGACUUCAACACCUUUACUUGACUAACAAUAUAAGAGCUAGGAGGAUUUCAGCACCUUCACUUUAACUAUGUUGCGCUUCUCUGAGGAUA